UUUUGUGUGUGAAUGGGACGCGACCGCGGCGGCGGGAUCCCACGUCCUGACAACAACAACAGGAGAGGAGGAAAAAGGACGUAAAGCGUGUAAAGACCGCGCUUCUGUGUGUGUGUGUGUGUGUGUGUGUGUGUGUUUUCAUCGCUUCCACAUCAGCAUUAACGACUCGUUGCUUAUUGCUUCACGCUUUUGUUCCGCGCUGGAAAUGAGUCUGUAGUGUCACACAGGGCGAAGCGGCUCGGCUCGGCUCGGCUUGAGGAACAGCAGCGGGAACUUGACGCUGGACUGAGAGAUGACGGAGGGCAGGCAGUGUCAGGUGCUUCUGCUGGACGACAGGCAGCUGGAACUGCUAGUCCAGCCGAAGCUGUUGUCUAAAGAUCUCUUAGACAUGGUGUCAUCCCAUUUCAGCCUGAAGGAGAAGGAUUAUUUUGGAAUUUCUUACACUGACACAAAUGGUCAGACUAGCUGGCUGCACCUGAACCGGAGAGUCUUGGAACACAACUUCUCCAAAAAGACAGGACCGCUCGAGCUUAAAUUCCAAGUUAGGUUUUACGUCGACAGUAUCAAAUUUUUGAAGGAUUCAACUACAGUGGAGCUGUUUUACUGGAAUGCAAAGACUUCUGUCUACAAUGGAGCUAUUGAGCUGGAGAGUGAACAUGUGUUUAAGUUAGCGGCGUUCGCGUUGCAGGAGGCCAAAGGGGACUACACAAGCGAUGAAAAUGCAGCAUCAGACUUGAAAAAGCUUCCCGUGUUUCCCACAGCCGUGUUAAAGGAGCACCCGUCCCUGGCCUAUUGUGAAGCCCAAGUCAUUGAGCAUUAUAAAACCCUCAAAGGACUCACCCGAGGAAAGGCCAUCAUACAGUACCUCUUGUUAGUGGAAUCCUUACCUUCAUAUGGUGUUCAUUAUUAUGAAGUAAAGGACAAACAAGGAAUUCCAUGGUGGUUGGGAAUUAGCUACAAAGGCAUUGCCCAGUACGACCAACAAGACAAGCUAAAACCUAGGAAGGUCUUUCACUGGAAGCAGUUAGAGAACUUGUAUUUCCGUGAGAAGAAGUUUGCAGUCGAGGUCAACGACCCUCCCAGGAGAGCAUCGUCCAAGUCCACUUUCGGCCAGUCCGCACAAGCUAUCCACACCUGGUAUGCCAGCCACUCAUUGAUCAAAACCAUCUGGGCGAUGGCCAUCAGCCAGCACCAGUUCUAUCUUGACUGCAAACAGAGCAAAUCUAAAACAGGCACAUCAAAGAACUUGGGGGACCUCGCCAUGGACCUUACAGAAAUUAGAUCCUCCAGAGUGAGCAGGCUGGUAAGCGGAGAGAGCAAAGACCAUCUCAUCAUGGCCAGCAACGGAAGCUUGGCCUCUGCAGGUUCUGCAGAUUCUGAGGUAAAUGAGGAACUGAAGAAAGAGAAAAUUGCUGAGUUAAAGAAGAAAGAGCAGAGCCUUCAAGCUCUUCUGGCUGAGAAAUUGAGCGAGCUUAAGAAGAUUUGCCUCAGAGAAGCAGAAAUUACAGGUAAAUUGCCUAAAGAGUACCCCUUAGCACCAGGAGAGGUGCCUCCUACUGUAAGAAGACGUGUAGGAACUGCUUUCAAACUAGAUGACCUUUUCCCUUAUGAUGCGGACCCUCAUUUAAGGAAUUUAGAAAGCCGGUUUGCUCUACAGCGAAAGAUCGUAGAAGCAGCAAAGAAGCUUGCCAAUGAAGCAGAGCUCUGUAAAACUGUGAAGAAAAAAAGGAGGAGGAAUUUUGAAGAUGCUAUGAAGACACUUCAAACUAUUGAGAAUGAAAUUAAUGAAUACAGAGUGCUGACGGGGAAGAAACCCACACAAAGGGCCUCGCUGAUUAUCACUGAUGACAUGAAUGCAGCAGAACUCAGCUCGCUGUCUGACAGCUUAAAUCUGGAUGAUGACGAGGCGUUUGUCAUGCAACGGCAGCGUUCCCGUUCAGUUCAAUGUUCCCCACGGCCUGACAACCUCGGCGUUCCAUAUCAGUCGAAUCGCAGGGGAUCCGAAGAACCGCACAACUCUGACAGAUUAAACUAUGCUGAAGUCCGAGAACCUUAUUCCUACGUCCCUCAGGAUGGUUUAUCGCCGCAUAGUAGCCCCUAUUACGCUCCCUCCAGGCAAGCAGGGAACUCACGCAGCAUGCCGCCAACACCCCAGCUGACGCGCAACGCCUUCAGCAGCAUCCAGCUGAGAUGUGAGGACGACCCACCUGAGCACUUCCGCCAACGCAGUGGCAGUCUUGAGUCUCAGUCACUCUUUGCCUCAGAGUGUGACGGCCCCGAGCCUGUGUUUACAAUCACCCCAGCUGCACGGCGCAGCAACAGCACCGAAGUACUCGAUGAUGUCUCCUCACACACCAGCCAGUCGAGCACGGAGUACUGCGGCCAUUCACGUGCUCGGAACCGCCAUCGUCGCCAGAGGAACUGCAACUAUGCUAAUACGGGCAGCAUGCCCAACCUGGCACAGAAUAAUCCUCUGUGCCACAACUACACAACAGCACAGCCGAGGCCCACCCCAACAGCCUACUACGUCACUGGAUACCCCUGCUAUGCAGAACCGUACAGUAACGGCAGCUAUGCGUACGAGGAUGAAGCGGCUGGUCACUAUAGUGUAAAUCCUUCCUACCAGACUAUGUCUUACCAUGCACAAGAUCAAUACUGUGACUACAGUCACACUGAGAUGGACAGCAUGAGUCAGAAUCCUUACGCUACACUGAGGCAGGCAAGGAGUCGUCCACCAUCGAGGAACGAAAACCUGACAAGGAACAUGCAGAAAGCGAUAGUGGCUGAGCACUUACGAGGCUGGUAUAAUCGGAACACAACACACAAGCCGAUGUCGUAUGAGUACGAGAGGGAGUCCCAGCAAAGCCUGGCCUACAGGAUGGCACACCAUGCUUACAGCUAUAAUGACCGCAGUUCCCCAUACGCCUCAGUAUCUGCAGUACCCAACACGGGAAACUGGCGUGAUCACUUGUCCGUGGGUAUAUCGGACUAUAGCAUGGGUCUUCAUCCACAGCAUGCCUAUGGCUACAACUCGGUCCAUCAGAGUCACCUUCCACAGAGCCGACAUGCCUUCAGUCCACACCCUGCACCCUCCUGGCACUACCCACCUCCUCCCUUCUUACCCAGUGCUUGUUCUUCCUCAUCCUCUUACUUCUCCCUCCCUCCACCUCCUCCUUCCCGCUAUCGUGUGGAGCACUCGGGCUGUGACGGUUCUGAAACUGACAUGGUUAAUAAAGCCUCCUUGCUAAAUGUAGCCCUUGAUAGUCAUACGUAGACGUAAACCAAAUGGAUUCAUACCUGAGUAGCCCUGUGGACAGUUUUGACUCUGAGGAUCAGACACUUUACUGGCAUGAGGACUCCAAGCCUGGAACUAUAGUAUAGGAAAUUAAGAACUUCAUGCUUUGUGCCUUUUUUAAAUCCCUGUUUUUCAUAGUUUUUUACCUGAGUGAAAAGUUCAAGCAUCAGUGUUUUUUAAAGGAAUAUUACCUAGCAAGGAAUUCACAUGGCCGGCAUUCAGAGAGCACAAGAACUCAUUCCCUUUGCAACAGAACCGAAAUUGGCCUUUGGGACACUCUGGAAAACAACGCAUUUUGAGUGUGUUUUUGGUGCUAGCACUUCUGGAACUUGGCCUGCCCUAAUAAAUGCCUGCUGUGGAGUUUCUUUAAGAUGUUUUUAAUAUGGUAAUAGCGAUUCGGCCAAGGUGGUAUUCAAGCCAAAUCGCCUGGACCAUUCCAUUGCCAUGAAGGGAUAUUACAAUCGUAAAUCCUCUUCACGGACACAAAGCAAAUAUUAAUAUGAAGGACUAAACUCAGCUGGUUCCUGUUGUGUGAAUCGUGGACUUUUUGCAGUUUUCGUUUAAAGAACGUGAUUGAUUAAUCUUAUAUUGCUAUUGAAGUUUACUCUCUAUAGGGAAAUUAAUUUUUUACUAAAAUUAUUAUGCAAAACAAUUGGCUUUACAAGGGCUUUGAACAUGGCUAUGCAAGAAAAUGGUUCAUUCAGUAUUUUUCUGUCAUGUUGUCCCACUCCUGUAGGUGUUGCUCUUUGAAUCAUGUGUUUACUAGCUGAAUUUUUUACUCAUUUAAAAAAAAAAUACAUUGUGUUGCACAUGUUUGUCCAUCUGCUGUGUGUGUGUAUAUUUAUGUCUUUUAUAAAAGACCAGGAGUCAGUAUCAUCGUAUUGACAAGAUUAACACUGCUUUGAAAUGGUGUUUUAAAAACACAGACCACCUAACAGCCAUGUUCUUAAUAGGUUGCCCACCUCAUAUACAUGUCAUGCCCUGGACUAUUAUACAUUACUUAUUAUUUUGGAUGGGAAUCACUAUGGAUCACCUGAUAGAAUAUCAUGACACCUAGGUGCCGAUUCAAUUUGUAUUGCGAUUCUGUAAAUUUUAUAAAUAUUCUGAUUCUAUAUCAAUUAAUUUAUUCAUUAAUAUUGAUUUACAAUUUAGUUUUGUUUAAUUUUUCAAUUUUCUUAGAAAAAACCUGGCAAACAAUUUGCUCGUAUCACUUGUGUUGAACCGUGAUACCUAAUUGAAUCGAUUUCACAAUCACACACACACACACACCCCUCUGCUUAUUACUAAGCAUCAAAACAGAUUUUUUUUUUUUCCCAGAUUACUUGGUAUUCCUUAAAGCCCAAAAUGUUUUUAGCACGUUUUUUUUAUCUGACUGCAUCCAAUAGCAAAAACUAAGGACUGGUGUUUGCCUUCUCUCUCCCUCUCUGGCUUCAGCCAAGAACUCUUUAUGUAUAUGUAAAUUCUGUAUAUAGAAUUUAUUUUUUGUCAUUUUUAAAGAGUUUUUUUUUCUAUGUGCUUUUUUUUUUAAAAAAUGUGUAAUAUAUAGUAAUCAGAAUUGUUAAGCUGGUUCUUAGUAAUUUCUUUUAGAAAUUUCUUUGAAUUAAAGAAAAAUAACAAAACAAA